AUGUUGGGAAUCGAAAAAGCCGGGUCAUCAGAUCUUUCAUCUUCUUCCACAGAAACGUCAGCGAUUUCCCCUAUCAGUAUGAUAAGUGUGCCCUGUUCUCCAGAUAAGGAGAAGAAAAAAGUCUCAUUUGUACGAUACAAUCCAGACAUACCUCAAAUCGUUACUUCUUUCAAAGGAUACCAGAAACUAAUGUUUCAAGGAUAUAGGUACAAUAUUUAUCAGGUGAUGCCAGAGCGCAAUUUCAAAUCGUGGCGCUGUGUUUGUGCGAAAAAGAUCCCAGACAAUGGCUCAUGGUGUAAGUGCCGUGCUGAAACCACAAUGGAUGACCAAAGGGCCGUCACGAAGGGUGAACAUAACCAUCCACCCAAACAUCUUCUUGCUGAGUUGGAAUUCAUAAAGAGUCAGCUCUUUAUGGCAGCUCUGGAAAAUUCUGAUCUUGAUGCCGGAGAUCUUGUAAAUCAAGCUUGCGAUUACCUCAGUCGCGGAGUCGAAUUCGAAAACAAAGAGAGCUUGCGUAAGAGCAUUCAACUGGCAAGAUCAAGAGUGGGAAAACCCCGCAAACCAAGAGCCCGGCCGCUGAACCCACAAAAGAGAAAGCUUAUGAUGUUUGACGGAUUAGAUGAUAUUUUGAAGACAGAAGAAGAUGAUGACUAUCCGGUGCAGGUCAUGAACGACAACAUUAUGGCAAGUCUUAUGAAGAUGCCAAAAACAGAUAGAUCCGACACACCCUGCGAUGUUGGUCUGCCUCUUUUCAACAAUGGUCUUUCAAUGGUAAAACCCGAGUCUCCUUUUCGUCAGACUGCAGCUGUACAUCCACAGCCGAAACCUUUGAACGACCUUCCAAAUUCUCUGUUGCAGACGAAUCUGCUCAAUGGAAUGUGA